GUACACAUAAAAAACUGGAGUCUUUAUGUGGUUUUGGCAAAAAAAACAAAACAAAAAAACCCCCCAAAAAACCAAAGCUUUAACAGUGGAUGAGCAAAACCAGGAUGAGAGACAGGCUCUGAUGGAGACGCAUGUUCGAUUCCUCUCCUGCUGCCGCUUGCUCAUCAUUGCUCAUCUCAUUGCCUCUCCAUGUUCAAACACCAGCUCUGCCUCCUCUACUUUUGUAAAUUGCGCGCUCACGUGUGUUUGGGGAUGGAGUCCUAUCCUGGAGAAGUUUUUGCAAAACGCGUGCGGCAAAAAGCGCGUGAGGACUGAGCGGGAAGAGGAGGAGGAGGACGAGGAGGACUAGGAGGAGGACUAGGAGGAGGAGGAGGAGGAGGAGGAGGAGGAGGGAGAGAUUAUACAUUAACUCCUGCUGGCUGCGGGGACUCUCCAGUUGAGAGAAGCCAAGACAGACGCAGACGGACACGCAAGAGGGAUGCGCUCGCAGCAACACUGACCGCUUUCUUUUCCUUUCUUUUUUUUCCUUUUUCUUUUCCUUUCUUUUAUGAAGAAAGCGACACAUGAAAGCCGAACGAGAAUCCACUUGAUUCGUCUCGGACGUCUUUUUUCCCCGGCGGAUCUUUACGCACCAGAGGAGAGGAGAGCGAGAAACGCUGCAGAGAUGAGUGUUGCGCGGUUCCCCCCGCUCCUGAAGGACCCCCUCUCCUGAUAAAGGGACCGAAAGAGGACAAAAAGCAAAGGCUGUCCAUGAUAUUUUCCAAAAAGAAGACUGCAAAGGUGGAGCGGUUGGUGGAGGGCUGAUGACGGGACUAUUAAUCCUUUCAGUGCACCAAAGGCACCAAAGGGUUUUAGAAACGCUUGGAUGGAAAUCGGGCGAGUGUUUAGAACUGUUUUUGGUUUUAUAUGAAACUGGUGAUUAGUUGAUGAGACACAUCUGCACGGAUUUCCUUUUUUCUUUCUUUUUUCUUCUUCUUCUCUUUUCCUUCCAGUCCCAGCUGAAGAUUUCUCACGAAGAAGGGAAGUCGUUUGACGCGAGGUUGCGUCGCAUGGUGUGAAAACUCUCCUCCUCACAUACCUUGUUUUUUUUUUUUGUCCUUCUUUUUUUUCUCUUCUUCAAGUAUUCCACGAUCUAAAUGGAAUUAGUUGAGCCUGAAGCCGUUUGUGAAAGGAACAGACAUGGUACAUGGGCACAGCUUCCAUCACGUUGUUGCAAGUCUUCUCAUACUUGGGUUGUCUGGGGCAACAAGGAAGGAUACAGCAGUGAAAAACAACUCUGGAGUGAAGCCUGCAGGUCAAUGUGGAACGUGGGUGAAGGAACCGGAAGGAGGGCUCUUCACGUCUCCCAACUACCCAAACAAAUACCCCCCAGACACAGAGUGUGUUUACAUCCUUGAAGCCCCCCCAAGGCAGUGCAUCGAUCUGCACUUCGAGGAGACUUAUUCAAUCGAGUCCUCUUGGGAAUGUAAAUUUGACAACAUCGAGGUCCGGGAUGGACCGUUUGGCUUCUCCCCAAUGCUCGGACGCUACUGUGGCCAGCACAGCCCGCCCGAUAUCAGGAGUAGCGGCCGAUAUCUGUGGAUAAAAUUUGUUACGGACGGCGAGCUGGAAGCGGUGGGAUUUUCGGCGAGUUACAACUUCACUGCAGAUCCCGACUUUGCAGACUUGGGAGUACCCCCACCUCUACCCUCCUGCCAGUAUGACUUGGUCGGUCCAGAAGGUAUCAUUGAGUCCCAUCAGAUCACGAGAGACGGAAAGGCUGGCGCCGGCGAGGCCGUCGACUGUAAAUGGUACAUCCGCGCUCCGCCGCGCUCCAAGAUCUACCUGCGAUUUCUUGACUACGAGAUGGCCAAUUCCAAUGAAUGCAAGAGGAACUUUGUAGCAGUGUAUGAUGGCGGCAGUUCGGUGGAAGACCUAAAGAGCAAGUUCUGCUCCACGGUGGCCAAUGACAUCAUGCUGGUUUCCACGCUGGGCGUCAUCCGCAUGUGGGCGGACGAGGCCAGCCGCAAGAGUCGCUUCCGCAUCCUCUUCACGACCUACCAAGAGCCUCCGUGCGACGCCGAUGCCUUCUUCUGUCACAGCAACAUGUGCAUCAACAACACGCUGGUGUGUAACGGCAUGCAGAACUGCGUCUACCCCUGGGAUGAGAACCAGUGCAAAGAGAAGAGGAAAGCCAACAUCCUGGACAACCUCAACAACACAAACGGUACCAUCAUCGGUGUCACCUGCUGCAUUGUUCUCAUCCUCCUCAUCGUCUCCGUCAUCGUCCAGAUCAAGCAGCCACGUAAGAAGUACAUCCUGCGGCGCGAGGACUUUGACCCCACCAUGUUCCAAGAGGUCUUUGAGCCACCCCACUAUGAGCUGUGCACUUUGCGGAGCGCCACCACAGCCGCGGCGGCCUCAGCAGAUUUAGUCGACCUGGCGGAAGACUUCGAGAACUACCACGCCCUUCGCCGUGCCUCCUCGCGCUGCGUCCACGAUCACCACUGCGGCUCCACCUCCAACCCCGGCUCCGCCCACAUAUCCCAGCUGUCGCUCAGUGGACGAGGAAGCCGCGGGAACUUGAGCGCCCGAGACGCGGCGGCGGCGGCCACCCUGCUCACAGACCUCCCGCAGCCGCCCAUGGCAGUGCGGCCCUUGCUGCCGUCCACCGGAAACCGCAGGAGCAUCUUGGUCAUGAAGCACAGCUACUCGCAAGAGGCAGCGGACAAUGGAUGCGACCUGGACGACGACCUGGAAGAAGUUCCCACCACCAGCCACCGGCUUUCACGCCACGAAAAGGCAGUACAGCGACUUCUUGAGAAUAGUGCAAUCCUGGAUCAGUACGAACGGGCGUCACUGACAUAUGAAAAAGCGGAGCGGAGAUUUACACCAGCAUGAUGCUGAUGCUGAUGAUGAUGAUGAAGGGACACUUUGACGAAAAGGAUGCUAAAUUUGUGUUAACGUGAAUUCAGAUGCAAAGACGAUCACAGAGGACUAGAUGAGAACUCUCCAGCUGCGGUGCUGUGGAGCGGGGGAAGUCAGUCAGCUCUGUGCGUACUGUAGUCGAUCAAGAAUUGUUUUGUCCCGCUUGGAAAAGAAAUGGACCUUUUAGGAUGAACACGAUGACUGAUUGUUCCUUAUUAAACCUUAAAUUUGGGAUGUUAGUCAGAAGCAAAUGUGUCAUUGUCAUAGAUUCCCCACUGAUGACUAAAUUAAUGUGAUCAUUAACAUCUUUAAGUUAACUUUUAAGCAUGUAUUUUUCAGAUCAGUAGCAUAAAAUAUUAAUUUAACAGCGAAUUAUAGUUGCUUGCGGUUGGAAGAUUUCUUUUUUUUAUUAGUGAAAUUAAAAAAAAUGGAAUUAACUCACUUAAUUAAUGACUAACCUAAUUAAAUUUGGGCUGUUGGCAUAACCAGAAGCAGUUUAAUUUGGAUAACGAUUCGAGGCCGAGGUUGUAUGGCUUGUGCAUGCUUCUUUUAUAUCCAUUAAAGCAACAUUAACAUUAACAUACUAACAUUCGAAAUAUGAAAAGGCCCCAUAUACUAAUACACAAGUCAUACGAACAUAAUAAGUGGUGCAAAAGGCAUCUUUAUUAAUUAAUUAAUUAAAUGCAUGUUGUUGCUUAGCUUAAUCAUUAGGCGAUCGCUCAGAUGAAUUUCACCAUCUUCACUCCCUUUAAUAUGCUGGCUGAUGUUGACCUAACAUGUUGACAGGGCGUUCUCUUUCUCGGCAAACAUAUUUAACUUCAAGUCUGUUCGUCUUCUAACUCUCUUCUACUGUCGGAGCUUAAUAUCUUUGUAUCAAAACAGACUUUUUUACUCGGGCAAAAUGGAGAGGAUGACAGUUUUUACAGUUAUUCCAGUUAUCUUUCAGGGCUGAUUUUACUGAUGCUUUGUAAAAACAUGAAUAACAAUAAAGCUUCACCUUUUUUUUUUCUUUGUCAGCAGUCCUUUUUAGUGUGUCCUCAAAACUGUCAUUUAUCAUAUGUCUCACACUCAUAUGUUUUGUUUUGUUUUUUAAAGAUGUUGUUUUUGUUGUUGUUGUUGUUGUUGUGGCUGAUUUGGCCCAGAACCCAAACCGAAAGGGAUUCACAGCAGGACAAUAAAAAAAAAACGAGUCCCAGACGGUUUUCGAAUAAUCCCAGGUAAUCCCAGGUAUUUGACAGACAAGUUAAUUGACUCUUCUGUGUUUGUCCUGAAGAGAUUAACCUCCAUAUGGGAUGGGGAUCAGCCUCACACUCUGAUAACGACUCACUUGUUGGCGGGCUGGUUUUUGUAGAAAGCGAACCUGCAUUUUGUUCGGAAAAUAAUUAGAAAAGAAGAUCAGCCGUGAGCACAAUGAGAUAAUGACAUGUCUUUUUUUCUUAGGUUCUGUCGCUGUCCGAGUUCUUAUUUUCUUCUCAGCGUGUCAGUUUCUAUGGUAUCUACCACCUGUGUGUACGUUCUUUUCUGUAUUCAGUGUCAUGUAUGUAUUAAUUACAUCCAUGCUCUCCACUCUCUUUUUUUCUCCAUACAUACACAAUCAUGCCCAUAUUUUUGCUGAUACUGAAUAAAACGUGUUUCUUUUCUACAUAUACGCUGUGCCGGUGUCUGUGUGUCUUCUCGCUGUUUUACAAUUAUGACCUGUGUUGCGAUCAUGUACACUCCCUCUCCCUCUUCUUUACUCACACACUUCCACACAACACCCCCCCGCAAAAAGUCACAAGCCCAUCCACCAGUAGAUAGAGGCAGACGCCGCGGUAAUUAAGUAAGUCUGAACCAAUUGGAUCACAAGCAGCCCAGGCAGCAUCUGAGCAAGUCGGAAGGGGCCCAGGACAGACGUAAAAGUAAUAGUGUUUUCAUUUCU